UAGGGUCCCCAGCAGAAGUGUCCUUCUGCCAGAAGACUUACAUCUGCAAGAGAAAGCAAGACGGCUCAGGUCCUGACCAGGUGGCCGGCUUCCCCGUGCAGGGCCAGAGGCGAGCAUACAGUGUGCGCUGCCUGCUCCGGGAUUAGCAGCAUAAGCAUGGUUAGGAGAUGCUAAUUGUUCAGUCGCAAGUUGUCUCUGGCUACUGAAUGCAUUUUGCAUAGCCUAAGAACCACUGUCCACCAGCAUAAGAACUGCUGGGGCAAAGCCAACCCCAUGCAUCUCCUUACAUGGCCUUAUUUCUUCUGAGGCCUGAAAGCAAGCUUUGGUCCUGGGAGGUGCAAGUGCCUCGUAGUGCCUCAGCAGAGAGUUCAGUCAUCCCCAGGCCAGAGCGAUCUGAUCUUCUCUCGCCACUUCAUUUUCUGGUGGUUCUGGUUGCUUUCUGGGCAUGUUCAUCAUUUGUGUCUGCCUGAUGAGCCACGUAACAGACACCACACACCAGCUGACAGUUCUCCACAUAAGGCAAUUUGUCUUUCCAGUGCAUCUACUUUGCUUUUCUUCGCCCUGCAGAAGAGCAUAAUUUUGCGUUAUCAAUGGACUUAAGUCCAGACCUCAAAGGAAUGCAAUUUCCUGGGUUCAGGAAAGAAUCCAGAGGUUAGUCUCAUAAAUCCUGUGCAAGCUCUGUGGCUGUUCCAGCUCUUAGCCAAGUUUGGCAACAGGGUCAUUUCAUCUAGCACUCAUGUAGUAAAGCACAUUUAUGACCUCCGAGCCAGCUGCUCAGGCUAAAUCAUUGUCUUGCCUUGACAAAUGCCUGUGCAUGUCUCAGCUGCUUUCCUGUUAUUCUGUCCAUAGAAUGAUGCAAAUUCUCCUUAUGAGGUGGUGUUCCUGGAAGACAGAGCCUCCUGCUGCACACAAAAAAUAGGGAGUGAUUUUUAUGUGGGUCACCGCAUGCAGAGCUGACAGAGUCAAGGAGAGCCUGGCUGGAAGGUGACUUGGAAUAACAAAUGUUCUGGGAGCAGGUGAGUGUCUGUGGCCUGUAAGGGUGGUUCUUCUUUGCUGAGGUCCUCAGUUCUGCAGUGCAGCGUUCUGUGUGGAGACAAUCAGGAAUGCUUUUAUCUCUGUAAGUUUUUUCUUCAUGUGUUUUAGGUUUUCGUUGAAAAAAAUGUAAAAACUGAAAGCAUGUUUUCAAUCUUUUCCUGCCUCUGAAAGGGAUAGCAUCAGGUCACGCACCUCCAAACAGAGUUCAGCAGAAAAAAAGAAAAACUCUGCUUUCUCAAAAGCCAUUAUCAUCUGAAAAACGUUUCAUUGAAACAAGAGAUGCUCUUGAUGAGCUUGGAUCACAUCACUUGUCUGCUUGGUUGGCAGUUCUGCAGCACCCUCAGCUCUGACCUCUGUGGGCACAGCAGGUAUCUACCGCCGCUUCCAGGGAAGAGCCACACACCAAAUGACCAUGUUCUUCUGGGGUUGCCUCCAAGGCAGCUAGAGGCCUCAGCUUCUGCUGUUGACCUCUCCUUUGUCCUUGCUCCUUUGUUUCGUUCUACUCCUAUUUUAGCCUGUUUCAGUCUGUUAGGGGUUUCUGAAUUCUGCUUGUCUUUCUUUCCUCAAGUCUCCGGUAAGAAAAAUGCCAGCUUUAUUUUGAGCUCUUAUUGUUGACAAAGUUCAUAAACCAAGUUCUGUGUCUCUUAUUAUAAUACAGAUGAUCGGUUUAUGAUGAUGAAGUAGGUUGAAAGGAAAGGUAUUAUCAGGUCUCGGGCUCCAGCCCAGUUAGCAGGCUCUCAAACUGCCACAUACUCCAGUUAAUGGUGGCGCGGGCUCAGGUCUCUGUGCCACUCUUACUGGCAGUUUGGGCUGCUGCCGCAGCUGAGUCUGUUCUGGGACCAGACUGCAUCAGGGAAGGAAGAGCCUGGUGUAUUACUGUAAUAGAGAGGAGAGUGUAUGUAGAGGAUUGAAGCUGGGUUAAUUAACGUUGAUAACAUACAGCUGUGGGCUGGCUGCAGGGGCGGUGGGUUGGCUGACAUGGAUAAGGUGCAGCUGUGGCUGGUUCUGUUGAGUAGUUAAAUAGCUCUGAGGGGUAUGGAAGUGGGGCACUGGGUGAAGAGGGACCUGGAAGAAGCAGAGGGAGGAGAGAGAGCACACCCCAGAUCUAGGAGAGACAAGGAGGGGCCCUGGGAGAAGAAGGAGGCCCAGAUGAGGAGAGGCUGCCUGGAAGAGGAGCCUGGAUGAUGAGAGAGUCCAGAUGCAGCACAGGCAAGCAGCAGGGUGGACUGGCCUGCAAAGGAUGAAGAAACAGCAUGGGCAGUAGAUGAACUGUUGAAACCCUGUUGGGGAUUGGUGGCCGUGCCGGGGCAGGGCGUGGGAACUACUUACGGACAUUAACCUGGUAUGGGAUGGUAAAAGCCUUGCUGUGGCUGGCUGGUUUGGAUAGUGCUGUGACAAUUAUAUAUUAGAAAGAUUUAAAGACAUUAUUUGCUUCAGGGUAGAGGGGCUCAGUCAGUGCUUAUGGUAUUUCUUAAGCCCUCAUUGUGAGAUGAGGAAGAAAUAUCAGGCCCAGCACAAACUCUUAUUGCAGAGGUGGAUUUCAUACAUGUAAAACAAAUCUGUAUGCAUGAAGCUGGGCUUUAACAAUAUGGAGAUGCAAACACUGCUAUGGCAAGGAUUCCUGAAGGGAAGCAGGACCCUUUCUUACCUUUAUCAUUAACAUGUGACCGUUUGUUUCCAUAUCUGGUUUAAGUUUGCCUGAAAGAGAGGAUGUGUCCUUGCUAGCUGUGGAUGUCCAAGGCAUCCUUGGCUUACCACCAUCCCACAAAAAACACCAGCGAUCCUUGAACAUUAGUCUGGAUUCAUAGAGGUUUUCUGACGGCAGAAUACCUUCUACUGUCAUAAGUAGGUCUUCUACCCUUUUUAGAAGAAAGAAAGGGUCUCUUUAGCAGUAUCUGUCUACUCUAAAGACUUCUUGUUUCAGCUCAGCCGGUGGAGUCCUGAACAGUCUCCAGGAUUUUUGACCAUGAGACUACUAUGAGACCAGAUGUCAAACAUCCUGAAAAGUUUCCAGCUGAAAUCAAUGGGAUUUUACGCAUUUGCAAAUCUAGAUUGGUGCUAGAGUGAGCAGCAUCUUACAGAAAUGACAAGAGACUUGAAAUGAUGUCCAGCUGAUGCUGCUUAUUUCAUUAUAUUGCUUGCUGGAAGCUUGCUUGAAGGGAAAAGAAUGAACUCUGUUCUCUCACUUGGAUACAGCGUAUUAAAAAAGAUGAAGUUUUGCCCCAUCCACAUGCUUUCUGUAAGAAUCAUACAAGCUAAGAACAUCAAGUCAAGAGACCUGUGGACAGUUCCACUUUCCUGCCAAAACCUUGCGGGGCAAUGUUAUUCACUGCUUGAUACCAGUCUGAAGUAUUUAGGCAUCUCGGGCUGCAGUAGACAUCUUCAGUCAACUCCAGACUCCAGCUCUGAAAGACACCACCUUGGAGAUUUGCUUUCACACCGUUGCCAAGCGUCACAAAUGACCGCAUCAGACUGCUACGUGCGCUUGUGGCUGCCGUCUGCUUCAAAUGGAAAGCUUCAGACCAAAACCAUCAAGAAUUCUGACAACCCUGUCUGGAAUGAGACUUUCUACUUUAGGAUCCAGAGAGAAGUUGAGAACAUUUUAGAGUUGGCAGUGUGUGAUGAAGAUCCACUCACCAAAGAUGACACACAGUUCACAGUUCUUUUUAAUGUUGCUAGAAUCAGACCUGGAGAGACGCUCCGUGAGACAUUUGCUUUGAAAUCAGAGAAAGAGAGGUGCACUAAGAAAUGGGAGAGUUUGGAAGUGGAAUUCUGGAUAGAAAGAAUCCCUGGCCCUCCAGAGCGUCUCAUUACCAAUGAUGUCCUAGUGUCCCGUGAGGUUUGUUGCUUGGAUGUGCGAGUGGACAUUAAUGAAAGCAGGAAAUAUUUGCAAGAGGGCAAAAACCUGGUGCUUACGGUGCCUGCAUCUCAUGAGGGAACGCAGAAAAGUACAGAGGACACAGAUACUUUCUACUUCCAUUGCGUGAAGGCUUGGGAGCCGGUUCUCAAAGUCAGGCUGCAGAAUGUUUCUGAUAAGGAAGAUGAAAAUAGCAAUUUAAGUGACACCUUAACAGUACCACUGAAAUUUCUCCCUGUUGGACACAGAGUGAAAGUAACUCUCCCUGUAAGACAUAAUGUGCCACUGCAGUUGUACCUCCAGCUAAAUGAUUGCACAGAAAAUCUAGAUGUGCGCUUCGGGUACAAUCUGUGCCAAGAAGAGCAAGAAUUCCUGCAAAAAAGGAAGAGAGUGGUUGCCAGUGCCCUGAAAAGGGUUCUUCAUCUGGAAAGAGAUCUGCAUGGACACGAGGUCCCGGUAAUAGCUGUUAUGGCAACAGGCGGAGGCCUCAGAGCAAUGUCAGCUAUGUUUGGCCACCUCUUAGCUCUUCAGAAGCUAAAUCUGUUGGACUGUGUUACCUAUCUCACCGGGGCUUCUGGCUCAACAUGGACCCUAGCAGAUCUGUAUGAGCAUGCUGACUGGUCACAGAGGACUCUGGAGGGGCCACUUAAGGCAGUAAAAGAACAAGUGACAAAAUGCAAGCGCAACCUUAUGUCUGUAGAGCAUCUGAAGUACUAUCACAAGGAACUCGCUGAAAGGGCAAAAGCAGGACAUGUGUCAUCUUUUACAACUCUGUGGUCACUUGUUCAGGAAAUGUUCUUACAUGAACGGCCAAGAAAGUACAAACUCACAGACCAGCGCAAGGCAUUGGAGCAUGGACAAAACCCAUUGCCUUUCUAUGCAGUCCUCAAUGUGAAAGAGGAAAAGUUCAGUACUUUCAAAUUUAGAGAGUGGGCAGAGUUCUCUCCUUAUGAGGUAGCCAUACCAAAAUACGGAGCCUCCAUUCGUUCAGAAUAUUUUGACAGUGAGUUCUUCAUGGGAAGGCGAGUGAAGAAGCUGCCAGAAUCUCGGAUCUGCUAUCUGGAAGGUCUUUGGACAAACAUCUUUACUAGGAACUUGCUCGAUGGCUUGUACUGGUCCUCAAAUUCAAAUGAAUUCUGGGAACGAUGGGCCAAAGAUAUGGUAGAUAUAGAAAAGCAUUCCCCUGAGGAUGAUGUCACUGUCAUCGAGCCUCCGUCUUGUUUGUCAGGGAAGUUGUAUGAAAUGUUUCAGGACAUUAUGACUAAGCGUCCACUACUGGGAAAAUCUCAUAACUUCCUGAGAGGCUUAGAAUUUCAUAAGGAUUAUAUCCAUCAGAAAAAAUUUAUUGAAUGGAAAGACACUGUGCUGGAUGCUUUCCCUAACAAUCUGACACCACUGCAGAAAUAUCUUUGCCUGAUAGAUGUUGGCUAUUUCAUCAACACCAGUGGUGCAGCCCUUUUCAAGCCAGAGAGGAAUGUAGACGUCAUUAUCUCACUUGAUUAUGGUCUGGGGAAUGUGUUCAAGCAAUUGGAGAUGACGUACAAAUAUUGCAAGAUACAAAAUAUCCCAUUCCCCAAAGUGGAGCUAAGUAAAGAAGAGGAGGAGAACCCAAAGGAAUGUUACGUGUUUUCGGAUGCAGAGGACCCCAGAGCACCCAUAGUAAUCCAUUUUCCCCUGGUGAAUGACACCUUUAAGGAAUUCAAGGAGCCCGGGGUAAAGCGCUGUCACUCAGAGAUUGAAGAAGGCAAAGUGAAUCUGGAGAACAACUGCUCACCCUACUACCUCAUUAGGCUAAUCUACUCCUCUGAAAAUUUUGACAAACUUGUGAACCUGAGCAAAUACAACAUCCUCAAUAACAAAGACCUGCUCCUCCAGGCACUCCGGAGUGCCGUAGAACGGAGGAGAAGCAGCAGGACUGGGAAUCUCCCUGGCCAUUCUGGAGCCGGAUACCCCUAGGCUGGGUUUUCGCACUGUUCCCCACUGAAGGCUACGACAGUCACAUUACAACAUAUCACAGUCACUUUAUAACAUGUCACAGUCACACUGCAACCACAGCAUUCACUGUUUGCAGGGAACUGAGAAAACCAUAACAUUUCUCAUCUUUGCCUUCUUCAAGAUCCUAGCUUUCAAAAGGGUUUAUUUAAUCUCCUUCCCUCGAGUUUUCAGACCAUGAGAGCCUCACACUGUGGUCUUGUUAAGAAAUUAGGGUUCUGGCUAGCAGAGACCUUGAGGAUCUCCCUGAUGUUACAGCGUAUGGUGGUGGUGAUAGUGAUAGCUCUUCAUCUGUGCCUGUCCCUCAGUCCUGAGCCCAUUGUCGGUGUCUUUUUAAUGCUUUGUUACAAACCAAGUCCUGGCCAUUUGCAUUCAGUAAUGUCCAGAUUUUCAGAUAGGCUGAGCAACUAGAAUUUGCACUGAAUGGGUGGGCUCAGCUUUGCAGUCAGGCCAAAGAGUCAUAUAUCUGUGAACAACAGCCAGACUGCAAUGUUGACAACUGCGUUCUGUCUGGCCCCUUCCCCUUGCUGAUUUAGAAAUUAUUCCUUUUUUCCAUUCCCGUGCAAGAGUUUGGCACAGAAAUGCUGCUCCAGACUGCCACGAGGGGGGCAGUUACAUUUCAAGGAGAGAGAACAUUAGCUACAAGGAGUGAGUACGGUUCUUUUGAGUGUUGGCUGGAGGAAAAAUUCUGCAUAAGGCAUGAGUGAUUGUAUUAAUUUAUAUGGGUAGUGUCUUUGUGCAUUAGAAUGUCAAGAGCCUGAAACAAGCUUUUGAUACCAGAAACUUGAGGUGCCUAAUUACCAUAGACUCAAGUACAUUUAAUUUAAUAAUUGUGACUGAGACAUAAGCUGGUGCUUCUUACGUAUGCAGACUGAAUGUAGCAUAACAUAACUCGCUAACAGAAUGCAUAGCCACUGCAUUUUUCACAUAUAGAGGUUCUUUUUCCCUUUACAGUCUUCUACCCCUAAUAUCAUAGACAAGGUAUUUUUAAUAGGUGAUGCACUAAAAUAGAGCACAAAUUAAAAAAAAGGAAAUUCUUUAUCACACCUCUUUUUUUCCGAAGGUUUUCCUCCAGUAAUGACACCUGGUUUUCAUUUGCUUUGGCGUGCGGUGAGAGACUUUGCCUUGAAUUAGGAGCUUGGAACAUCUUUAUAGCCCUCCACUAUGUUAAAAAGAUGGUAGGGAAGGACGCUGAGCAGUGAGAGAGCUCCACAGAAGUCAGAGAAGUUUCCAGACUUCCUGGCACUGAAGGAUUUGGACCUGCUUCUGGCUUAUUUAAUCCAAACACAGCAUGUUCAUCAGAACCUCCAAGGAAAAUCUUACACGUUUCUUGUGUGUUGGAAAUUUACUUGAUAUCUAAACUUAGUUUUACUUGAAAUCCAAAAUUAGACAAAGGAAGGGAAACAGGGGUCUGCCUGUUCAACCUUGCAGCCCAGAGGCACAGGCCAGCAUGUGCCCCUUGAGGGCCCAUAUAGUCUUAAACAAUAAUAGGAUUUUUUUAAGUCUGUUUUUAUAUUUCAGACCCUUAAAUUAUGUGAGGGCUGUAUCAUUGCCCAUCAGAGUAGGGUGGGUUUUUUAUUUGUUUUGGUUGGGGUUUUUUUUUUUGUUUGUUUUUGUAGCAUGAGACUGAGGGAAAACGUUGCUGACCUGAUGGUGUGGCAGGAGGAUCUGGAGGGCAUCUGUGACAGCGAAGGCUGCUGGGGGAUGCUGCAGGGUGGACAGACCCACAGCGGGCACAGUCUUAUCCAUGGAGCUUGUUGGGAAGCGGGGGCUGGCACGUGCUGUCCCUCGAAGCGCACCUGGGCUCCGGUUCGGAGCAUGCUGCUUUGCAGAGCCUGAACCCCACCGACCCACGGCGCACAGUUUGCAGCGGUGCAUGCUGACCAGCGACCUGCGCGCAGCUCUGCUCCUUGGGCCUUGUUUCCCACGGUAUGUCCGCAGGGUCUGAGGAAAUGGGUCGCAGAAGCACCGUGCGUUUGUCCCAAAGGCCGUGCGCUUGCUGCUUGCCUCGGUCCCGCCUCGUGCCACGCGCUGCCAAACGGCUGCUUGAGUGGAGCACAUGAAAACCAAAGUGGGCGCCGCAAGGAGAAAGCCGUCUCCACAUCUCACCAUAAAAAAGCGUGAGCGAAAAGGCAGAUGACAUGUCUAUAAACGGUCUUGCUGUUCUGGUGUUAUGUUUGCUUAACCACCGACAGUGAAUGCAUGCAUGAAAAACCUCAUCCAAAUUGCACCCCAGAUCACUGCGCUCAUAUGAACAUUAUGCUGGAAAAUCCCCACAAAUCUAGAGCUUGCUAUCUGCUGCCAAACACAAAGGAAACAAAAAUUUGUUCUUAUAGUUGUUAGCUACUCUUUAUAGAAAUUGCUUGCUUGUGUCUUUUAACUGUUUAAUAAUAUAUUAAUGAAAAAUAAACUAUUGC